UAGUAUUUAUUUAGUGUAAUUCGUACAAGUUAAUAAUAGGGGAUAUUUUUAUUAGUUGAAUGCAUUUAAUUUUUUGUUUAUUUAUUUUACAAGAGUUUUAUAAUAACAGAAUGACAGAAACUCCUCUGGUUAAGAAAAAGCACAGAGGAAUACCUGAAGCCCUAUUUUUGAAUGAUGUUGAUGCUUAUAUGGUAAAAGAAAGUUCAUCUGAAACUGCUUUGCAAAAGCUUGAUGAACAGUUUCAAAAGUAUAGAUUCAUGGAAUCAAACUUAUUGAACAAAAAAAUUAGAUUAUCAACUCAAAUCCCUGAUAUUAAAGCAACUCUUAGUUCAAUAAAUUUUCUUAAAAACAAAAAGGUGAAUGAAAAAGAACCAUUAAAAACUCAAUUCAUGUUAUCAGAUCAAUUAUUUGUUCAUGCAAAAGUACCAACAACUGAUAAAGUAUGUUUAUGGCUAGGUGCAAAUGUAAUGCUGGAGUAUAAUAUUGAUGAGGCUGAUGAACUCUUAAAGAAAAAUCUGUCUGCAGCAGAGUCACAACUACUUGAGCUAGAUAAUGAUCUCGACUAUUUAAGAGAUCAAAUUACAACAACUGAAGUCAGCAUGGCGAGAAUUUACAACUGGGAUGUAAAAAGAAGACAAAAACUGAAGAUAUCGUCUUAACUUUUUGUAUUAGUUAUAAAUAUAUUGAUUUCUUUUCA